AUGUGGAUUGAACUUCUUUUCGUAUUGUCGAUUUUCGGACACACGGUCUUUAGUAUUGACUAUCCUAAAGAUACAUGUGGUCUUCGCCCGUUGAUCAACACUGGAGACUCGCCAGACAGAAUUGUUGGCGGUACAGCAUCGUUAAGGGGUGAUUGGCCAUGGAUAGUUUCUAUGCAACGUAAUGGAAAUCAUUUUUGUGGUGCAUCACUUAUAAAUGAUGAAUGGCUUAUUACAGCAGCUCAUUGCGUUGUUGGAGUAACAAAUCCAAGUACUAUUCGCAUCCUUUUCGGUCUUCAUGAUCGAUUAUCUGCAGAUCCAUGGGUUAUUGCAAGAACAGCUAAGACUAUCAUUAACCAUCCAAGAUACACAAGCAAUAAUAUGUCAAAUGACAUUUCUCUCAUUCAGUUAUCUGCUAAAAUUGAUACAUACACUGAAUAUUAUAUGCCAGUUUGUUUUCCAAGUGCCGACCAAACAUUCGCUGGUCAAGUUGGACAAACCAUUGGCUGGGGAGCUCCAGCUUAUGGCGGCAGUCUACUACGUUAUUUAAGUGAAGUAUCUAGUUCAGUUUUAACUGAUAGCGCAUGCCGAGCACGUUAUUCAGCAGGUAUGAUUAAUGCAGCUACUCAAGUCUGUUCAGGUGGAAAUAAAACAGGAGCUUGCCAGGGUGACUCUGGUGGUCCAUUUGUUAUUCCUGAUGCUACACGAGCUGGCCGAUAUGUUCUUGUUGGCUUAACUUCAUGGGGUAUCGGAUGUGGUGAUGGAGGUGUUUAUACACGUGUUUCAGCUUAUAAAUCAUGGGUUGAAUCAAUAGCCGGUGCUACGUUGUCUUAA